AUGUUCGUGCAGGACCACAUCGGCCUCUACGAGCAGUUCCUGCACGAAGAGAACAGCCGCGUGGACCCGCAGCGCUGGAAGUUGGUGAGCGAGCAGGGCGCGUGUCGGGCGUACAGCGAGCGGCGAGGCAGCAUCGACGGCAGCUCGAGCUCCAGCGGAGACGACGUGCCUAUACACGCGGAUACGCCCAGAUCGAAGCUGCCUACGGUGUUGGUGACGGGUACUGUAUUGGGGGAUCUGGAAGACGCCAUCUACGGGUACGUCUGCCCCACACUGGACCAGAUGCGCGUCAAGACGUCGUACGUCAACGACCAGCUCGUCGGCGCCCACGUGCUGGCCACGAUCGUGCCGCCCACACCGGAAGACCCCUUUCGAGCGGUGACUGUCAAGUGGAUGGAGAAGGGCCAGCGCAUGCACGUCCGCGCCGUGGUCAAUAACCGGGAUUUCGUGUAUAUGGAGUCGACUGGGGUGGAUUACCUCCGUAAUGGCGAGCGCGUGGGUUACCAGCUGAUCCACUCGGUGCAGUUCCUCGAGACGCCGCCGCUGGAUCGGUAUAUUCGUGGUAAUAUGUCCAUGUGCGCGUGCUACCGACAGAAGGACCCUUUUUCGACCGAAGUUUUCAUCAAAGGAUACCUUAACCCAGCGGGAGGACUCAUGCGCUCUAUCGUGGUGCAUUCGGCUGCUGCGGCGUUGCUGUCCGUGUCCAAGAACGUCUACUGCGCGCAGAUGAAGAAGCUCGCACCACCCAAGCAGUCCAUCAAGCUUCUGAGUGGGAAGAAACGGAGACGCACAUGCAAGAUCUGCUUUCGCUGCGUGUGUAAGGAGUGUCGCGAGGGUAGGAAGCUGUGCUUCAUGCUGCCGGAUCACCGACUCGUGGAGCAAGACGUGUACUUCUGCAAGCGGUGCUUGAACGACGCUCUAUCAUCCAAGGCACAGGCGGUAGCGCGUGACGAGGUCAUUAUGAGCGGUGAAGUGUACGAGUGGAGCAACACCUACGGAAGCUCGUCGAGCAACGAGCCCGUGCUAAUCGACGAUCUCAACGAUCGUUAA